CGCAGUCACCUGAGAAAAACAUAAACAAAAGAAUCUUCUUCAGUUUUUCGUAUUUUUCCAGAGUUAUGUGGAAUUUCAAUGAGAGCAAUUCACUGAAUUCUAUUAAAAAUUCAACCCUUCAAAAGUCUGAUGUGAAAAUUUUGGUCCAGCUUGCUGUGAAUUACAUUGAUAGUCAGAAUUGUCCUCUGGACAGGCAGAUUGCAGCUAAAAACAGAAUAUCUAACUCGUCAAGUACUAAACUAUCAAACAGUCAGUUUGCCGAAGUAUUUGCCACAGUUCUCAGCAUUAUCAGGGAAUAUUUGAGAAGGACACCUAGGGAUUCCGGGAAGAAGGAUAUACUGAGAAGUCUCCUGCAGGAACAUAAGUUUCCGGAAGAUUGCAUUGAGGAAGUGUGCAAUACUCUCUGGAAGCAUCGAGAUCUCAUGCUCCAGAAGUACUAUGCCCUGAAAACUGUCAAUGUUGCUCCUACAAUCACCUGGAGAAUUAACAUUUCUAUGCUUGAAGACACUCAGACGAGAAUUUCCGAGCCAACAAUUGUUUUAGAAGUAAAAUAUCCUGACGGUAGAAGUUCAGCAUUUGAGAUUAGCAGAUUCAUGUUCCAUCGGCUGAGAUUUUCAGUAUCACAGCUACUGAAAUCCAUGCACACAAUUGAGACUAAAGCCAUUGUCAAAAACUGAAGCAAUUCCCAAGGUAAAUUUAUUUGUCUAAAAACAAUUUUUUUUUAGUA